AGGUGAAAGCGGGGUUGGGUUUGUUAUUGUGUCGUUGGCAGUGUGGAGAGCCUCACCUCAGUCUCACCCCCUUAUCCGCAAAGAAGACACAAACACCAAUUCCCAUUGCCCAACGCAAAGCUGAACUGAACCAACUUCAAAACUUGACAUGUUGAGACCCUUUCAUAGCAGUCUCAAUCUCCUUCCUAACAUUGCCCUUCAAACACUACAAUAGAUUAGAUUAGAAUGUCGUGUUUGUUGCCGCACUUCAAUUGCCACCCCGACACUUUCAGAACUCAUCCCUAUGCUCUUCCAUCAAAAACAAGACCAAUUUUGUGUUUCCAGCCGCAAUGUGUUUUGUCUCCCGCAUCUCCGUCAACGCUGCUUCAUUUGGAAAAUAAGUUGGCAUUAGAUGCUCCUUCUGAUCCAAACCCGCCCUGGCCCUAUAUCGCUCCUGUUCCUCCCUCCACACAGGUCUACAGUCUAACAAGGUUUAGCCACAUUAAUCAUCAUUCCAUUACUACUCUUGAACAUUCACGGCCAAUGAAGGCAAACUUUAAAGCAACCUUAUCUACGGAAUCACUUCUUACUAGUGAAGAGGCUGUAGUAGCUGCUGCUGCAUCUGAAGCUCUUGCUCUUGCUAAAGCAGCUGUGAAGGUUGCAAAGGAUGCAGCUUUGCUAGUGAGAAAGAAGCCCCCAGCAGAAGCAGAGUAUAGAUCACAUGUUUCUUUCAAAUCUGAUGAUUUACUUCUCAAAUGGGUUCAACAUCUGGAAGCAGAAGAUGCUGUGGAAGGAGGAUCCAUGGGUACUGGAGCAGAAAUCAUGGAAGAUGUUGACAUAAGCCCCAGCCAAGAGGAAUCUGAUGAUGUAGAGCCUUCUCAUGAGGAACUUGAGCAUCUGCAGGAACUGCUUUCCAACAGUAUAGCUGUAAGAUCUAGGCGCCAAACAGAAAGAAAAGCUAGAAGAGUCAGAGCAGCGGAGAAGGCUACCACAAAUAUUGUGUCUUUUAAGCCUGGUUCCACCAGCAGGAGAAAGCGUGCUUCUAAGCAAGAAGUAGAUCAUUCAGAUCCACUUCGUUACUUAAGAACAACAACUGGCUCUACUAGGCUUCUUACUUCAAGUGAAGAAAUUGAGUUGUCUGAAGGAAUACAGGACCUUUUAAAGCUUGAAAAGCUUCACAAGGAUCUUGCUGAAAGAUGUGGUGGUCAGCCUACAUUUGCACAAUGGGCUGCUGUGGCAGGGGUAGAUCAGAAGACCCUGAGGAGACGACUAAAUUAUGGUAUAUUUUGCAAAGACAAGAUGAUUAAAAGCAAUAUACGGCUUGUCAUAUCAAUUGCUAAGAAUUAUCAAGGAUCCGGAAUGAAUCUGCAAGAUCUUGUCCAGGAAGGAUGCCGAGGCCUCGUAAAAGGUGCAGAGAAGUUUGACGGUACUAAGGGUUUUAAAUUCUCCACCUAUGCUCAUUGGUGGAUUAAACAGGCAGUUCGGAAAUCACUUUCUGAUCAGUCAAGAACUAUUCGCUUGCCAUUCCACAUGGUGGAGGCAACAUACAGAGUGAAGGAGGCCAGAAAACAAUUGUAUAGUGAAAAUGGAAGACACCCUGAUGAUGAAGAAGUUGCUGAAGCAACUGGAUUGUCAAUGAAGAGGCUUAAUGCUGUACUUUUGACCCCAAAAGCUCCCAGAUCUCUGGAACAGAAGAUUGGGAUCAACCAGAAUCUUAAACCUUCAGAAGUAAUUGCUGAUCCUGAGGCCGAAACAGUUGAAGAACAGUUGAUUAAGGAAUUUAUGAAGAAGGACCUGGAAGAGGCACUGGACAGUCUCAAUCCAAGAGAGAAGCAGGUGGUAAGAUGGAGAUUUGGUAUGGAUGAUGGAAGAAUGAAGACCCUGCAAGAGAUAGGGGAGAUGAUGGGAGUGAGUAGGGAGAGAGUGAGGCAAAUUGAAUCUUGUGCUUUUAAGAAGCUUAAGAACAAGAAGAGAACCAAGCAUUUUCAGCAAUAUUUGGUUUCAUAACCCUACCAAAUAUUGAUAUUAAACCGCUGGAUGAGUUAUUUGAUGCUUUUAAGGUCCUGAACCCUUUGGAUCUUUGUCUCUAUGUUACCCCCCCAUUUUUUUCCCAUUCUACGAAAGAGAAGACAAGACGUCAUAAUUUUAGUAUACUAGGAAAUGAAUGUACACAAAGGAACAACUUUUGAUCAAGAGUCCACCAUUUUUUAAUGUUCGUGAAGUGCUAAAAAUGUUUCAGGGACGUAAUCCACUGGUUCUUUUCAUGCUGAUAACCAGGCAAAAAUAAGUUU